ACUUCCUGUUGCUGCAUCGCGUGCUGUUGGUUAGAGUCCGGUUUUCUUGUUUCAGGCAGAUAAUUUGUGGAUAAAAGCUGCAGAAAUGGCGAGGAACGCUGAGAAGGCCAUGACGGCUCUGGCUCGCUUCAGACAGGCUCAGCUGGAAGAGGGAAAAGUGAAGCCGGUCUUGGCGAGUUCAGGAUUCGGGAUCUGAAUGAUGAGAUCAAUAAGCUGCUCAGAGAAAAGGGUCACUGGGAGGUCCGGAUCAGAGAGCUGGGUGGAUCUGACUACAAGCGUUUCGGUCCCAGGAUGUUGGACCACGAGGGAAAAGAAGUUCCAGGAAACCGGGGCUACAAGUAUUUUGGAGCCGCCCGAGACCUGCCCGGAGUCAGAGAACUGUUCGAGAAGGAGCCCACCCCCGCUCAGAGGAAGACGAGGGCAGAGCUGAUGAAGGAAGUGGAUGCAGAGUACUAUGGCUACAGAGAUGAAGACGACGGUGUGCUGCUUCCUCUGGAGGCGCAGUACGAGAAGCAAGCCAUGUUGGAUGCGGUGCAGAAGUGGAAAACGGAGAAGGACUCUUGUCUGUCUGGAGAGAAGCAGCUGGAGGUGGAAGAAGAGGAGAGCAUCUACACCGUCCACUCUGAGGAGCCUGAUGAUGGGGACAACAAUGAGGAGCUGGAGGCAGAGGAGGGCGGAGUCUCCUUCAUCGCACAUGUUCCUGUUCCGUCUCAGAAAGAGGUGGAGGAGGCUCUGGUAAGGAGGAAGAAGAUGGAGUUGUUGCAGCGUUACGCCAGUGAGACUCUUCAAGCUCAGAGCCAAGAAGCCAGAACUUUGCUGGGACUCUGACCCACCUGUCCCUGACCCACCUGUCCCUGACCCACCUGUCCCUGACCCACCUGUCCCUGACCCACCUGUCCACCUGUUUCUUGUAAAUAUUGGUCAUUUUGUAAUUUUUCAUAAUAAAUCUUUGUUCGGCUCAGUUUGGUGUUUUUGUAUAUUUGUUGGGUUUUCAGAUUAAAACCUGGACAGAACUCAAA